AUGCCCAAGAAAGGCCUCCUCGCCAGGCUGGGCAUCGAGCCAUUCAUCAUCCUCAUGUGUCUCAAGGGCGCCGUCGCCCCCACCAUCGCCCUCGCCAUGUUCCAGGCCGACGCCGUCGCAGGCUACUUUGUCACCAUCGGCUACGUCAUUGGCAUCAUCUCCGUCCUCGCCAUGCCCAUCAUGCCCCGCGGCAAGUUUGUCCAGGGCGUCCUGCUCAACCUGCUGGGCCUGAGCUUUGGCGCCGCCGUCGGCGUCCUCGCCCUCUGGUCCGCAUACAAGGCCCGCGAGCACACCCAGUCCCGCCCCUCCGGGUACAACUCGAGCCAGUCCGCCGUCGCAGGCAUCUGGCUCUUCGUCAACAUCUGGUUCAGCAACUUCCUGAGGGCCCGCAACCCGAGCCUCAACCUGCCCGUCAUCGUGUACACCAUCCUGGUCAACAUCUCGGCCACGUACAGCCCCCUCAUGACCAGCGUCCCGGCCCUCGAGGCGUUCAUGAAGCAGCUCUACACCGCCAUGCUGACGGCCUUUGGGCUUGCGAUUGGCGUCUCGCUGCUCAUCCUCCCCACGUCCAGCCGCAUGGUCGCCUCGGGCCAGCUCAAGGGGCUCGUCAUGCUGCUCAGAGGCAUCGUCCAGCAGGAGAAGGCGUAUCUCGAGAGUCUCGAGAGAGAGGACAUGUUUGCCCAGAGCAAGCGGGACCGUGAUGCGACGAUGAAGAAGAGGAAGAAUCAGAAGAAAGCCACACCCAACUCGCAGGCAGAAGCCCAGGCCGUCAAAGAGACCAUCUUCAAGAUCCGCGAGCUGUUUGGCAAGAUCCAGGUCGACCUGCCAUUUGCGCAGCGCGAAGUGGCCUGGGGCAAGCUGCAGCCGAAGCACUUCAAGCACGUCACGGCGCUGCUGCGAGACGUCGUCAUCGCGACGUCGGGAAUCGGCACCAUCAUUGACAUCUUCCAGCGCAUUGCCGAGAGGAGGGGCUGGGUGACGGACGAGAACACUGAUCUCGACUUGCUGAGCGAGAAGCUGGAGGAGAAGAGGGUCUGGAAUAGUGUCAUGAAGCAGCUCCAUGACCCGUUCCGCAUCCUGGCUGAAGCUAUUGACCAAGGUCUUGAGCAUGCCGGAAUCGUGCUCGAGUUGCUACCCAAGCCCAAGAGUGCGGCGAGGAAGAAGAGCAAGGAUAAGAAGGACAAAGCCGAAGUGGAUGUCGAGGCCAAGGGUGAUCUUGUCAAGCCUGGUGACGAUGAGUUCGCGAAUAUACUCAGGAGCAAGCUCCGGGUAUUCCACACUGUCAGGAAGCAGAUCUUGCAGGCCUGGGCUCGGGAAAUUGGGCUGGCACACGACCACGCAGAGGACAUUGACAUAUUUUCCAAGAACGAGGAGAAGCACAGGAACGAGCGCCAGCAUUUGUUCAUCCUUCUCUAUAUUGAGACUUUGAUGCAAGCCGCAGGCAUCGCCGUCCUCAAACUCGUCGAGUACGCGGAUAACCGUACCGAGGACGGGACCAUGGCCAAGAACCGCCUCAUAGUCCCCAAGAACAAAAAGCUCAAGCAGUGGAUCACGAGCAUCCUCGAGAACCAGGAUCGCUCGCAAGACCAGAACGCCGAUCUUUUCGACCCAGGCCUCGCCGUCGUCUAUACUGGCAGCGGGUUUUCCAAAAAGGACCCAGAGCACCUGCUACCCACCACCGCGUGGCAGCGGGCGGGCAAUGUGCUGCGAAAGAUUUCGCGCGUCAUCUCGUCAAAGGAGUCUGCAUUCGGGUUGCGGGUGGCGUGCGCAACUAUGACGAUUGGCAUUGUCGCUUUCCUUGAGGAUUCCCAUGUGUUUUUCCAGGAGCAGCGGCUGGUGUGGGCUAUGAUCAUGGUAGCACUUGCAAUGACGCAGACUUCUGGCCAGUCGAUAUAUGGUUUCUUCUGCCGUGUGGGCGGCACCAUCGUAGCCAUGGUCGUUUCGCUCGUCAACUGGUAUAUCGUCAACGGCAAAACUCCUGGAGUCCUGGUUUUCCUCUUUGUCUUCCUCUCGGUUGAGUACUUCUUCUUCUUCAAGUACCCAGCUUACCUACAGGCGUCCAUCAUUUGCAUCAUCACUCACGUCUUGAUCAUCGGCUACGAGCUGCAAACUGCAAAACUCGGCAUUGCGUUGUCUGAGCGUAAUGGACAGCCAUAUUAUCCCAUCUACGAAUUGGCACCCUACCGCGUCGCCACCGUCGCAGGCGGCUGCUUUGUCGCCUUCCUUUGGACAAUCUUCCCGUCUCCGGUGACAGAUCGGACUUGGUUACGCCGCGACCUCUCGGCCACCUUGUUCCUCCUCGCCAAGUACUUUGGCGUGAUCAAGGAGAAGAUGCGUGUGACCCUUGACGGCGUAGAGGGCGGCGACUCCAAGAUCAAGGGCACGCUCGCGCACACGCUGACGAAACAGCAGCGGCGGCUCAGCGCAAAGCUGAUGCUCCUGUUGCCGUCGCUGCGCCAGCACGCAGAGUUCCAGAAGUGGGAGCCCACUAUCGGCGGCGCAUUCCCCCGGGAAACAUACGAGGACAUCAUCCUCCGGUCGAUGCGCAUCAACUCGUACCUCACUCUGAUCGAGCACACCAUUGACAACCCGGCCUACAGCUCCAGCAACGGGUCCUCCGGCGACGGCGGCAGCGGCGGCGGUCUGAGCUCGACCUGGAUGCGCGCCAUGCGCCGGCUGCUGGCCGAGUCGCACCAGUCCCAGGACGACAUCAUCUGCACGCUCGUCAUGCUCUCCAACGCGCUCGACUCGGGCCACUCCCUGCCGCCAAACCUCCCCUCGCCCCAGCCGUACGCGCUGACGCGGAUGCUCGAGGAGAUGCGCGACAGCCAGGGCAACCGGAAGGGGCUGGAGCUGCUGGAUGCCAAGCACAUGACGGACAGCGGCUACGCCGAGUUUGCGGUCCUGCAGGUGUGCUCGACGCUCAUCUGUGACGACCUGAAGGGCCUGGCGGCAGACAUCAGCGAUCUCGUGGGCGUGGUGGACUUCAGCUUCCAGGUCAACGACAGCCGGGAUGCCAACGUCGGUGGCAUUCUUCGCCGACAAGACGAUGGCUCGAGUAGUAGCAGCAGUACUGGUGAUGGGAGCAGCACUGUCUUUGAGGAAGCGGCAAGACACGGGGCCAGACAAACAACCGCCAGGCAAGGAGACGGAGACACUGGUGGUGGUGGUGGCGUGGAUGUUGAGAAGCGCGCCAAGCAUGAUUAAAGGUCAAAUGUCCAACAUAACCAGCAAAGUAGAUAACGUAGUCCACAUGUGAACGGGUCACACGGGUGAACGGGUCAUUUCUUAUCGCUGCUUAUGUAAGGAUUUUCAUACUCUUAUAACUUCUUUAUCUUAAGAGAUAUAAAGGCCUAGUUAAGUCUAUUCGUAAACGAUAAGAAUAGUUAAGCUAGGAAAAUUAUAAAUAAAGGUAUAUAUAACGUAA